AAUACGAGAAAUAUAAUGAACUCCAAUCAAAAUUAUUACAAGUUGUUUCUUUUAAUUCAAGUUUUAAAGUUUUGUUCGUCAAGUGGUUUUAGUGAUGAUGAAAAAAUCAACGUUUUUAAUGAAGUUCUGGACAAGGACAUUGGUUUUCUAGAUUCAAUUGGUGUUGACGAAAAUGCAUUUAUCGAUAGUGAUGAUGACGAAAUAACUGGCAAACUAGUGGCCAACUACAAUCAUAGCAAUUCUAACCAAAAUCCUGAAGAAUUAGGCUCUUAUUUUGAGGGAGAUAUUCGAAUUCCGGUACGACUGUAUAGAAAACAAAAAGGUGGCAUAUUCACAAAGCCCUUGCUCUGGGCAAAUGGUGUGGUGCCAUACGAGAUAGUCGGGAAAUUCAGCUCCAACGAACUUGCAGCAAUUCAUUGGGCAUUCGAUCAGUACCACAAAAGAACAUGUAUCCGCUUCAGACCCCGUUCCAGCAGUAACAAGGAAAGAGAUUACAUUGCCAUUGUGAAUGGUAGAUCUGGCUGCUGGUCUGCAGUGGGCCGAAUGGGUGGUAGACAAGAAGUUAACUUGCAAGCCCCACAGUGCCUUAUGAAACGCGGCACUGCCAUCCAUGAGCUGAUGCAUGUGCUGGGCUUUAUACACGAACAGAAUCGCUUCGAACGGGAUAGUUACGUGGUUGUGAGAACGGAGAACAUCAAGGAUGAUAUGAAAGUUAACUUUGUUAAGUCUUCCCAACCAUCAGUCGAAUAUCAGCAACACCAGCAGCACCACAGUGCUACGACUACGACGACGGGUAGAGGAAUUGGAUAUGAUUACGCGAGUGUGAUGCACUAUUCACCAACGUCCUUUUCGAAGAAUGGAAAGCCCACAAUCGAGUCAAGGAAAAUUACCAAGGAAUCAAGGUUGAUGGGACAGCGCACGGGCUUCUCAAGAGUAGAUGUAGCAAAAAUAAAUUUCAUGUAUAAUUGUAAAAACAUUGAUGUCCUUCAAGGGUAUGAACUUGAGUCGGAAUACGUAGAUGAUUAAUGUUUAAAAAUAAAACACAAGCUUACACGUGUGGCUUUGAGCAUUCCAUA